UGUUAUACCGGAAGUUGCAUGUUUUGAGAAAAUCUGAGGCAGCUUUUGUCAGCUUUUGUAGAGGGAAACAGAAAAUGCCGUAUGCGAAUCAACCAACGGUACAAAUUACACAACUCUCGGAGGAAAACAUAAAGUUCGUUCUUGAAGACACGGAUUUAAGUGUCGCCAAUGCAAUAAGAAGAGUAUGUAUAGCAGAGGUACCUACAGUUGCAAUUGACUGGGUUCAGAUUGAGUCAAAUUCCACAGUUUUGUUUGAUGAGUUCAUUGCACACAGGAUAGGCCUUAUUCCACUGACCAGUGAUGAAGUGGUGGACCGCAUGCAAUAUUCCAGGGAUUGUACUUGUGAGGAGUUUUGUCCAGAGUGCUCAGUUGAGUUUACAAUGGACGUAAAGUGUACGGAGGACCAAACCAAACACGUGACCAGUGCCGACUUGAUUUCAUCCAAUCCAAAAGUAUUGCCAGUGACAUCCAAAAACAAAGAGGAGACAAGUGAAUAUGAAGAUACUGAUGAUAUUUUGAUUGUGAAACUCAGAAAAGGACAAGAGUUAAAAGUUCGAGCUUUUGCUAGGAAGGGUUUCGCAAAAGAGCAUGCUAAAUGGAACCCAACAUGUGGAGUGGCUUUUGAGUACGACCCUGACAAUUCAUUGCGACACACCCUGUACCCAAAACCAGAAGAAUGGCCCAAAAGUGAAUAUUCAGAGCUAGAGGAGGAUGUCCAUGAAGCACCGUUUGACGGACUAGGACAACCUAACAAGUACUUCUUCAAUGCGGAGUCCUGUGGUUCACUGAAGCCGGAAAACAUCAUGUUCUCAGCCCUAGCUGUGCUCAAAAAGAAACUCAGUGACUUACAGACUCAACUCAGCCAUGAGAUCCAACAAGACGUGUUGGCUGUUUGAGUCUUUCAGUGAUUUUUUUUC